AUGGCCGAAACUCGUCAGCUUGUCAACUGGGCCGUCCGCCUCAAGACCAGCGACCUCCCGCGCGCGACCAUUGAAAAGACCAAGCGGCUGUACGCCGACUGGGUCGUCUGCGGCAUCGCCGGCGCGCCGUACCGCGUCAUCACGGGGCUCACCGUCAUGGCCGACGCGGUGGGCGGCAACCCCUCUGGCGCAUGCACGACGUUCUCUGGGCCCGGACGGCCGCCGUACUGGGCCGCAUACCUGAACGGCGGUGCCGGCCAUGUGGUCGAGCAAGACGACUUGCACAAUGCCUCGGUGGUGCAUCCCGCGACGGUCGUGUUCCCUGCCGCGUGGGCCGUGGCGCAGGCUACCAAGGCCACGGGGGCAGAGUUCAUCCUUGCCAGCGUGGUGGGGUACGAGGUCGCCUGCCGGGUCGGUAUCUUGCUCGGGAGGGAACACUACAAAGUGUGGCACUCGACCGCGACGGCCGGCACGCUCGGCGCUGCCGCUGCCGCCGCCAAGCUCCUCGGCCUCGACGAGGAGAAGACGCUCGACGCCCUGGGAAGUGCUGGCACGCAAGCUGCGGGCCUGUGGCAGUUCCUCGCCACCGCAGCCGACUCGAAGCAGGUCCACUGUUCGCACGCCGCGGGUACGGGUGUGCAGGCGGCCUACCUCGCGCAAGCGGGCGUAACGGGCGCCCACGACAUUCUGACCGGCGACCGAGGCCUGUUUGUCGGUUCGUCCCAUGGUACGAUGGACCCGAGCGUUCUGGUCCCCACGUCGGGAGUCUUCGAGGUCGACGCUACGAGCUUCAAGUAUCACGCGUCUUGCCGUCACACCCAUCCGUCCGCGGACGCCCUGCUCGAGUUGAUGUCAAAGCACGGCCUCAAGCCGGACGAUAUCGCCCGCGUAGACUGUGGAGUGCACCAGCCCGCCCUCGAUGUCCUCGGCCCUGCGGCGGCCGCAGAGAGCGUGCACCAGAGCAAGUUUUCCAUGGGGUUCGUGCUCGGCGUGUUGGCGAACGGCCAGUCGGCGCAGCUGGCCGACUUUUCCGACGCGCGUCUCGGCGACGCGGCGGUACGCAAGUUCCAAGCCAAGGUGCACAUGCACCUCGACCCGGGAGUCGACGCCGCGUACCCAAAGGCAUGGACUACGCGUAUGGUCAUUACGGCUGUCGAUGGCACAAAGUACGAGACCCACGUCCAGACUCCCAAGGGAGACCCGGGAAACGACCUGACAGACGAGGAGCUGCUCACCAAGUGGGGCAAGCUGGUCGAGUACUCUGGGAACAAGAAGGUGGAUGUGGGUGUCCUGGCCAAGGAGUUGUUGGCGCUCGAGGACAGGAAGAGCAUGGAUAACAUUCUCUAA